GCAAAAUCAGAGCGCAACCAAGAAGCCUACCGUGCCACAGCGAGUUGACAUGUCAGACUAUGAAGUGUCAGUGCAGCAGCUCAAUGAUCUGUGUGCCAACGUUGACGGUUACUACAGCAUGCCAACACACCAUGUCGACGAGGUGUUCCCCAGGAUAUAUGUUGGAAAUGCCAUUGUGGCUAUGAACACGAUGCGUCUGAAGAAGCUAGGCAUCACCCACAUUCUGAAUGCAGCGGAAGGCAACUCCUUCAUGCACGUUAACACCAACGCGGAGUUCUACGCUGGCACAGGCAUCACAUACCACGGCAUGGGCGCCAGUGACACAGACCACUUUGACCUCAGCAUCUACUUCGAGGAGGGGGCGAACUUCAUCGAGAAGGCCUUGGCACACAAUGAUGGGAAGGGUAAAGUGUACGUUCACUGCAGAGAGGGCUACAGCCGCUCACCAACACUGGUCAUCGCCUACCUGAUGCUGCGCCACAGGAUGGACAUUCGGUCCGCCCUGUCCAUGGUACGGCAGAAGAGAGAGAUCGGCCCUAACGAUGGCUUCCUGCGCCAGCUGUGUCGCCUCAACGAAACUCUGGCGGCCGAAGGAAAGUUCUGGAACCAAUGACGGUUUUCUUUCCCCUGUACUCGUACCUUACAAGUAUGUACAGAUAAACAGACACGUGAAAGAGUGUAGGUAUUCAGGACACCUGGAAAGUAUGUACCUGUAAAUGUACACAGAUACGCACAUUCACUGACUGCCAUCCUUGACUUGUAGGCUGGCUCAAGCAUGGCUUGUCCUUUGAUUUAAAUUCAGAAAGACACUGUAUUCAAGUGAAAGGGAAUACUUAGUCAGUUGUAAAACUGAAUGCAUUCAACUGAAAUGUGUAUUCCGCAUUUAACCCAACCCCUCUGAAUCAGGGAGGAACCCUCACACUCAGGAACAAUCCCUACAACUCCCCCUCUGUCUCUCCAUCCAAUUCCUUCCUUCCUUCACACUGCCAGUCUUUUCUAGCCUCUGUGCUGUGGAGCUUGCAUCUACUCGUCAAGGUGAUUUCUAGAGAACCAUUGAAUGGUUAUGUUAUCAGGCUUACUUUUCCUCCUGCUCCAUUUGAGUGUCUAAAUAAGACAUAGUUCUCAUUUUGCUGUAGCAUGUUUUUUUUUGCACAUUUAUGAGAAACUAUCAUGGUUUACAUAUGGCCUACAGUCUAACUGAGAUCAUGGUAUAUUCUUACACACACACACGACAUGAGGACUAAACUAAGGCCCCUGACCAAUCGUUUGUAUGACAUGCAGUCCUCCCAAUCCCAUCUGUCUAUAAUAUUAUUUCACAUCUUCCCACUGCUGGUAACACAGAUCAUGUGACACACCAAAUUAACGUAUAUUCAAAAGUAUAUUAAAUUACUUUUUAGUUAGUAGAGAUUUAUGUAGUAUUGAUAUGGUUAACCUACAGUACCAGUCAAAAGUUUGGACUCACCUACUCAUUCAAGGGUUUUUCUUUAUAUGUUCUAUUUUCUACAUUGUAGAAUUCUA